AGGAUGCAGGGGAAGGAGGCGAGCUCGUGCACGGGAUGCUGGAGACUCACGCUGCUGUCGUGCGUCCUGGUUCUGCACUGGGUCCCGCUGCCGGUCCACGGAAAUGUUGUCGGGUCCAACGCCACUGAGCCGGACAGCGUGGCCAACGUUACCUCCCUGCUCAGCGAGGAGGAGGGGCCUGUCAAGGUCGCCGAGGCCGUCGCCGUGGUAACCGCCACCGCGGCCCCGCCGCCGGCGCGCCGGAUCCCCCGCGCCAGCGAGGAGGACGAGCAGAGCAGCGGCAUGUUCGGCGAGCCGGUGGUUCCCGCGCCGGAGGAAGUGGGCGUGGCGUCUCCGCCGCAGCUGAGCCCCGACUCGGCCGAGAUGGAGCACCUGCUGCCCGGCAACCCGCACGGGGGGGACGCCGCGGAGGUGGAGGAGGAGGACGAGGAGGAGGAGCCUCUGCCACACACCGACCCGCCUUGGAUCCACGCCAAGGACACGGCCGUCUUCGACAUGGACAGCCUCUUCACCACCACCACCGCUCAGCCCACCGCGCCCACCAACCCCGCCAACCCCGACGUCCUCCACGUGGACUUCUUCGACCCCUCCUCUCGCGGCCGCGGCCUCGACCUGGCCCCGGCCUCUCCUUCAUCGCUGGCCCACGAGCUGCAGGGGGGCGACCCGACCUCCUGGGCGAUGCCGGACAGCUACGACUACCUCACGCCUUACGAGGACGGCGUGUCCCCCACCGCCGACGAGUACACCUACAGCACCACGACCGACGCCUACGAGAGCGACGACGACCUGCGGCUCUCCGCCGGCUCUCGACCCAAGCCCCGAGCCCCGGCCCCCGGGGCGUCGCUCCCCGGCGCGGGACCCCCGGCGCCGAACGGCCCCGCGGCGGCUCCUCCCGUGGUGGACGGGUCGGACGGGAUGGGCGGAUGCCGCGCGGGGUUCCAGGUGGUGAACGGAAGUUGCCGCUCGCCCUGCGACACGCUGCCCAACUUCUGCUUCAACGGGGGGCAGUGCUACCUGAUGGAGGGCAUGGGAGUCUUCUGCAGGUGCAACGUCCAGGACUACAUCUGGCACAAGGGCGCUCGCUGCGAGUCGGUGGUGACGGAGUUCCAGGUGAUGGUUCUGGCCGUGGGCGCCUCGGCUCUGGUGCUGCUGCUGCUCUUCAUGAUCGUCGUCUGCUUCGCCAAGAAGCUCCACGUUCUCAAGACGGAGAACAAGAAGCUGCGCAAGCGCAGCAGUAAGUACCGGCCUUCAUCGGAGCAGCACAAUGAUAAUUUCUCGCUGUCCACCAUCGCUGAGGGCUCCCACCCAAAUAAAACCAUGAGCAGAUACACCUGGGAGUGUAAGACCAAAGAGGAGUCCGACUGCGAGGACGAUCCCAAUGCCCAGAACAAGCUGGAGGACCCGGUGAAGGCCCAGCCCAAGGAGGACGACUCCCUCAACAUCCACAACUCCCUGACCCCCAAACACGAGAACCACAAGGUCCUGGGCGAGGACAACUCCUCGGAGGUAAACUCACUGCAGAACAACAUGAUGUGAAAAAAAUAAAAUAAAACAACAACCCCAGCAACCUGACAACACGACACUGAAAACGACAACGGUAACGCCGGCAACGGGAGUCUCCCCUAAACCCCUCCCUGCUCUGCGUCCGCUCCCGGCUGCGCCUCACGGGUCAACCAACCGACCAACCGACCAACUAACCAACCGACCAACCAACCAACCAGCCUGCCAACGUACCAGCCAACCAACACUGGUCUGCAACCGUCUCCAACACG